GGCCAUCCCCGGGCCGGCAGGGGAGAAGGGGCCGCGGCGAGGCUUGGCCGUGUGCGGGAGGCGGAGCGGCGGGCGAUGGAGCCCCGGGCCUGAGGGGCCGGCCCGGCCGCCCCCUUGGCGGGCGAGCCCCGGGCGGGGGUCGGGGCGGGCGGGCAGCGGGACAUGGGCCCGGCCGCGGGCGGGGAGCGCCGCCCGCCCCCCCUGCGCUGAGCGCUCCUGCCCCGGCUCGGCCGCUGCUUUUUCCUCCCCCCUCGGCGGAGAACACCAAGAUUUUUUUUUUUUUUUCCCUUUUCUUAUUUUUUCUUUGUAUUUUUUCCCCCCCUGGAUAUUCUGCGCGACUGCAAAGAAGAGUUUUGUGGAUUUUUUUGUUUGUCUGUUUGUUUGUUUGGGUUUUUGUUUGUUUGUUUGUUUUGUUUUCCUCCUCUCCUGCCCUUGAACCGGGUUUGCCCCUCCUGUGCGUGCCUCUUUCUCCCGGAGCUAAGGCUGGAUCCUGGAACCUCAGCGAGGGGCGAAGCCUCGUUCGUACUCCCGCAGUAAAUGAGUAAAAUGUAAAUUGGAUAAUACGACCUCUUGCCAAAGGCUCCAAUGAGUGGCACACAGUCCACAAUCACGGACAGGUUUCCUCUCAAAAAACCUACGAGACACGGCAGCAUUUUGAGCAGAGAGUCUCCAGCUGACAAGAAGCAGAAGGUUGAGCGCUGCAGCAGCACCCACGACUUCGAUCCCACAGAAAGCUCCUCCAAGAAGACAAAGUCUAGUUCUGAGGAGAGUAGAUCCGAGACAUAUGGUCUGGUUCAGCGGUGUGUGGUGAUCCAGCGGGAUGAGAACGGAUUCGGGCUGACAGUCAGCGGAGACAACCCGGUCUUCGUGCAGUCCGUCAAGGAAGAUGGAGCAGCCAUGCGGGCUGGAGUGCAAACAGGGGAUAGAAUUAUCAAGGUGAACGGCACCCUCGUAACACACUCGAACCACUUGGAGGUGGUAAAGCUGAUCAAGUCGGGUUCCUAUGUAGCUCUCACUGUCCAGGGGCGCCCACCAGGGUCGCCCCAGAUUCCCUUGGCUGAUUCUGAAGUGGAUCUGGCAGGAUUUGGGCAUAUGUCUCCCAUCAUGACAUCUCCCCACUCACCUGGCACAUCAGGAAAUGCAGAAAGGAUCACCAGCCCAGUGCUUAUGGGGGAGGAGAAUAAUAUUGUCCACAACCAGAAGGUGGAGAUUCUGAGGAAGAUGCUACAGAAGGAGCAGGAGAGGCUGCAGUCUCUCCAAGAGGAGUACGGCCGGUCCCCCACCCCCCGCCUGCUCAAGGAGAUCCAGGAAGCCAAGAAGCACAUUCCUCAGCUGCAGGAGCAGCUCUCCAAAGCCACGGGCUGCACUCAGGAUGGAGUUUUGCCCUCCAGGUCUGUGUCAGAGUCGCUGCAGAUCGGCGAGGGGGAGGCAGAGAGUGGGGACUGUGGGAGCAAACUGGAUUACAGUGGGGACAGCCCCUCCAGACCCAACAGUGACAUUGCUGAUAGUCCUCGCAGUGGCUUGAAGGAGAGGAUUUAUCCAGAUGAGAGCCCAGAAAAGCCUGAGGUUCAAGAUACUGAUUCCCAGUCCAGUGUUGGAAGUCCUUUAUCCCGAGUGGGGACUCAGAUCAUUGGAGCAGAGGAUGAUGACUUUGACACGGAACAGGAGCAGAUCAAUGGACAGUGCAGCUGCUUCCAGAACAUCGAGCUCCUCAAGUCUCGCCCAGCUCACCUGGCUGUUCUCCUGCACCACGUGGUGUCCCAGUUUGAUCCUGCAGCGCUGCUGUGCUACCUUUACACUGACCUGUACAAACAGACCAACUCCAAAGAGACCCGGAGAGUCUUCCUGGAGUUCUACCAGUUCUUCCUGGACAGAGCUGCAAAUCUCAAAGUUCCAGUUCCAGAUGAAAUCUCCUUGGAACUAGACAGGAGAAGGCCAGAACUCCUUCCUGAAGAGCUUCACCGCCAGUUCAUACAAACUAUGCAAGAUAAAGUGUGUCCAGAAGUCCAGAGGAACCUGGAAGAUUUCAGGCAGAAACGCAGCAUGGGAUUGACCCUGGCAGAGGGGGAGCUCACCAAGCUGGAUGCAGAGCGGGUGCGGGACAGGAACGCGGUGGAGAAGGAGAGAAGCUGCGCCGAGCAGAUCAUCGCUAAAAUCGAGGAGGUCUUGAUGACAUCUCAGCCUUUGGAAGAAGACAAGAGCUCCACGAUGCAAUACGUGAUUCUUACCUACAUGAAGCACCUGGGAGUCAAAGUGAAGGAGCCUCGGAACCUGGAGCAGAAACGUGGCCGGAUCGGUUUCCUGCCCAAGAUCAAGCAAAGUAUCAAGAAAGAGAAAGAAGGAGAGGAAAAAGGGAAGAGAAGAGGCUUUCCCAAUAUUCUGGGCCCACCGAGGAGACCGAGUCGACACGACAGCAGUGCAAUUGGCAGAGCCAUGGAGAUGCAGAAGCCCAGGCACCCAAAGCACUUACCCACGGCCUCUUCUGUGAGCCCAGAGCCCCCAGAUUCCAGCAAGAUCCGCCAGAGUGGCUCCUCCAGUGACGGCACGGAUGCUCCAUACCCACCUGCCAACCCCAUGUCCCCCUUGGCAAUGGGGCCCUUUUCCUCCCCAGAGGGAAGCAAGGACAGUGAGACAGGUUUGAAGCAGCCUGGAGAAGCUCCACCUGCCAGUGACUCCAUGGAUGGCACACCCCGCACACCCAACACCACCUUUGAAUUUCCAUCUCCUUUGGAAAACCUGCAGGAGGAGGAGGGAGAAUCAGAGAGAAUGGUUGACAUGGGAACACCAAAACCUUUUCGCAAGAUGGACAGUGUUGGCUUUGCAGAUGUGCAGAGCGAAGAUGAGCUCUAUGAUUUCGACAUGGACAUGGACCCUCCCAACUGGCAGCAGCUCGUGAGCAGAGAGGUGCUGAUGGGGCUCAAACCCUACGAAAUCAAGCGCCAAGAAGUGAUUAAUGAGCUGUUUUACACGGAGAGAGCCCACGUCCGCACGCUGAAGGUCCUGCACAACGUCUUCUACCAGCGCGUGACCAGGGAAGGGAUCCUCAGCUCCAGUGACAAACGCAAAAUCUUCUCCAACCUGGAGGAUAUCCUUGGCCUUCAUGUUGCACUGAACGAUCAGAUGAAAACUGCGAAAAGGAACGAGACUUCUGUCAUUGGCCAGAUUGGGGAAGACUUGCUUUCCUGGUUUAGUGGAGCAGCAGAGGAGAAGCUGAAGCAUGCCACUGCCACGUUCUGCAGCAACCAGCCCUUUGCCCUCGAGGUCAUCAAGUCCCGCCAGAAGAAGGACUCGCGCUUCCAGACCUUCGUGCAGGAUGCUGAGAGCAAUCCCCUGUGCCGCCGGCUGCAGCUGAAGGAUAUCAUUCCCACAGAGAUGCAGAGGUUGACAAAGUACCCCCUUCUGCUGGAUAACAUUGCUAAGUACACAGAACUGCCUGAAGAGAAGGAGAAAGUCAAGAAGGCAGCAGAUCACUGUCGUCAGAUCCUCAACCACGUGAACCAGGCUGUCAAGGAGUCAGAGAACAAGCAGCAUUUGGAAGAUUACCAGCGUCGGCUCGACCUGUCCUACCUGAAGCAGUCCGAGGAUCCCAUGAUGGAUGAGUUCAGGAACUUGGACCUAACAAAGAGAAAAAUGCUCCAUGAAGGGCCUCUGACUUGGAAGGUGAAUCGUGACAAAACCAUUGAUCUCUACACUCUGCUGCUGGAGGACAUCCUGGUGCUGCUGCAGAAACAAGAUGAUAAACUGGUGCUGAAGUGCCACAGUAAGAUCUUGGCCUCCACGGCCGACAGCAAACACACCUUCAGCCCCAUCAUCAAACUCAACACCGUUCUGGUUCGUCAGGUGGCAACAGAUAACAAAGCUUUCUUCGUCAUCUCCAUGUCGGAGAACGGCGCUCACAUUUACGAGCUGGUAGCACAGACUGUCUCCGAGAAGAACGUGUGGCAGGACCUUAUAGCCCAGAUGGCAGGGACUGUGAAAAUGGGGAGUGCCAGGAGAGUGAUUCCAUUACCACAGUCAGGCCCUGGAGAGGAGGAGCGUGAGGAAGAGGAGCAGCAGAAGCUCAAAGAGCAGCACGACAUUCCUGCCAGCAGCCUCCAAAGCCCAGAUAAAGAUUUGGGACUGGAAUCUCCCUUAAUACUGAACGCUCAGUCCUCCUCCCCCAUCAUGUCUGAGAAGGCCAAGGUGGAAAGUCUGCUGGUGUCUGAAGGGCAGUUUGAGAAGGUGCAGCAGGCAGAGCUGACACUCAAAGGCUCCUCUGCAGGUUAUGAACACACAGCCACCGGCUCCCCCUCACUGUCAGAGGGGCAGUGGGCACGGGAUGCACUGAGGAACUUGGGUUUGCUGAGGCAGCUGUUGGUGCAGCAGUUUGGCCUGGCUGAGAAGGGGACCCUGGAAGAGCGGCAGCGCUUCCCCAGGUUCAGGACUGUCUCCCAGGAGGCGCAGACGGAGAGCGGGAACGAGCUCCAGCACUCUGACAGCGACAAAUUCCAGCCUGGAUCAGGCAGAACUGAGGAGCCCACAGCUGGUUAUGGCCUCCGGACUUCAGCUGAGUCUCCAGCCCCAGGGGAUGCCAUGCAGCUGGUGGGGAGAGACCCCAGGCCCAGUGGGAAUUUGGGAACGGACCGCGGGAGCGUGACCCUGGAGGCGUCCACCCCGGAGCUGGAAGGGGUGGGGGCCGAGGAGAGCGGGGAGCACUUUUUUGAUGCUCGGGAGGCUCACAGCGAUGAAAACCCCUCUGAGAGCGAACUGAUGGAGAGGAAGGAGGAAGAGGAGGUGCAAAUACGGAUCUCAGGAAAUUAUUUGAUCCUCGAUGGAUUUGGAACGGUGCAGGAGAGCUCCACGGACGAGGAGGUGUCCUCCCUGGUCCUCCAGUGCACGGGGGGUGGCCGGGCCCCUUUGGACUCUGCCCGGCAGCACCCGCUGUCCCCCCGGGACGCGCAGUCGGAGGGAGGGGGCUCCCCGUUCCCCGAGGAGAUGCUGGCCUCGCGCUGGGGGGGAGUGGAGGAGCCCUGCUCCUUCAUGGCAAGCCCUCCCCUGCCCCUGGAGAUCCGUGUGCAGCUCAUGCAGUACAUCCAGAACAUUGAGGACGCCCUUGAAAAGCUAAAGGAGGUGGAGGAGGACUACACCAUUCUCCGACGCCAAGGGCUGGCUGGCUCAGCCUCCACAGGAGAGCACUCAGACAAAAGCUAGUCGUGUUUUCAGGAGUGGCUGAAGAUGGGAUGAAGAGUAUCAGGACACAGCACCCGCUGUCUUCCUUGUGGACUCUUGAGACAAGAGGGUUUGGACCAUCCAAACACGAACCAGACUUUAGCAAAGUGGGCAUGGGGUGCUUUUCCUGUGGGGCAUCUGCACUAUCUUGUCAGUGAGGGAGUCUAUUCUAUUCUGCUCCUCUCCUUGCUACCAGAAAUUCAUUUUUCAGAACAGAAAAAAAAAAAAAAAACAAAAACCAAACCAAAUGUACAGAGCUUUGGGUGUAGGAUAUAAAAAAAUGUAUUUAGACAUUUAAAAAGAAAAAAAAAUCAAUGUAUUUAUUUGACUUCAUUCCGUGUAUCAAAAGCACAUUUUAAUUUUUUAAUCUGCCUUUUUUUUUUUUUUUUUUCCAUUUUGUUUUGUUCUGUUUGAACUGGGUAGUGACAGUUCUAGCCCCCUGCAUGUGGACCAUCCUGGGUCAGGGGUGAGGGGCCAGGGUGUUACCUGUGUGCAGGUGUAUCUUUACUUCACUGGACUGGACUCUGCACUCCCUGCUGGCAACUCGAAACUGCCAUGCCAAGAGCUACUUAUGAAGGUGUUAGGAUGACUUGUGGCUGGAAUUACCUGUAUUUUCAACCAACUGCAUGGGAAUUGCUCCUGUCACCGCCUGUGUAACAAGAAUUUUCCAUGCACUAAAAAAUCCAGGCACUUGAGAUGGGCGAGUUUUCCUUUUCCCAUUCCUUCGUUGACUUGCAAGAUCAGGCUGGGAGAGGAGAAAGAGAGGUUUAAUUUUUUAUUUUUUAUUUUUUUUUCUUGACUUUGUUGGCUUUGAUCAUUGUCUCCUUUGUAAAGUGAUAAAAAUACUUGGACCUGCA